CAUCUCUCUCUCUCUCCCUCUCUCCCUCUCUCAUCUCUCUCCCUCCCUCCCUCCCUCUCUCUCUCUCUCCCUCCCUCCCUCUCAUUUCUCUCUGUGUUAGUGUGUCUGCAUGCAUUAAUAUGAAGGCUCAGACAAUGUUACAGCUCUGUGUGUGUGUCCUCCUCUUCCUCUCCGUAGUAGUUGCUGACGGAACUCCGAAGGCUAAGAAGGUGAGAUGCAAAGACAAAAACUUCCCCAGCUGCUACAAAACGCAGCUUCUUUGCCCUGAUUCUUGCCUUCGAACUUGUGAACUCGAUUGUGCUUCGUGCCAGCCUGUCUGUAACGCUUCCUUGCCUUCGUCUCCACCUCCUCCACCACCACCGAAACCACAAAAAGCUAUGAAGGUGAGGUGCAAAGAUAAGGCCUAUAGGCCUGGCUGUUACAACCAGCAGUUUUAUUGCCCUAGCUCUUGCCCUAGAUCCUGUGAAGUUGAUUGUGGUUCAUGCCAACCCGUUUGUAAGAUAGCUCCACCAGUAGCAACUCCUCCACCUCCACCAGCAGUCGCGACACCUCCACCACCACCAGAAACGGAAACUUCUCCCGCGAAGGCCUACUGCAAAAACAAGCACUACCCCCAGUGCUAUCGACAGGAGCAAAAUUGCCCAAGUGCUUGUCCGGACCAAUGUGAGAUUGAUUGUGUCACAUGCAGCCCUGUUUGCGAUUGCAACAAGCCAGGUGCAGUAUGCCAAGAUCCGAGAUUCGUUGGAGGCGAUGGAAUCACCUUUUACUUCCACGGCAAGAAGGACCGAGAAUUUUGCCUACUUUCAGAUUCAAAUUUACACAUCAAUGCUCACUUCAUUGGCAAAAGAAAUAAUAACAUGCAAAGGGACUUCACAUGGGUUCAAUCCCUUGGAAUCAUCUUUGACAACCACCAACUCUACAUUGGCGCGAUGAAGACAGCAAUUUGGGACAGUGCAGUUGACAGGGUGGAGCUAAGCUUUGAUGGUGAACCAAUUUUCCUACCCGAAGGCGAAGGUGCUCAAUGGAAGCCUAAAUCUGCACCUGAAGUUUCUAUCACAAGGUCUCGCGAUACUAAUGCUAUAGUCAUAGAAGUGGAAGGCAAUUUCAAGAUUAAAGCAAAUGUAGUGCCGAUUACUAGCAGAGAUUCGCUUGUGCAUAACUAUGCCAUUACAAGUGACGAUUGCUUUGCUCAUCUUGAUCUAGGAUUUACGUUCUACUCAUUGAGCAACGAUGUCAGUGGCGUGCUAGGCCAAACUUAUGCUGGAAAUUAUACUAGCAGGGUUAAGAUGGGGGUGACCAUGCCAGUUUUGGGUGGUGAUAAAGACUUUGCCUCUUCUAGUCUCUUCUCUGCAGAUUGCGCGGUUGCUAGAUUCAAUGGUCUUCUAGAUUCGUCGACGAAUAUUGCAUCAAGUGGAAUCAAUGGACGUGGUAUCAUCUUCAGGAAAUAA